AGAGUCAGCGUGACGCAGUGAAGUCUGCGGCCUGUUCUGCACAGUAAAAACAGCUCUUUUUCCUAAUAAAACGCGUUAUUAGCGGUCAUGGCGCAGAGUAUGAUGCUGUACUGGGGCUCUGGUUCUCCGCCGUGCUGGAGAGUCAUGAUCGCGCUCGAGGAGAAGAUGCUGCAGGGAUACAAACACAAACAUCUGUCGUUUGACAAGAACGAACACAAGUGUGAAGAAGUCAAAGCUCUCAAUCCCAGAGUUCAGCUUCCGACUUUCAAGCACGGAGACAUCGUCGUGAACGAGUCGUUUGCCGCGUGUCUGUAUUUGGAGAGCACGUUUAAGUCUCAAGGCACCCGUCUGAUCCCAGACGACCCGGUUGAACAAGCGCUCGUCUACCAGCGAAUGUUUGAGACCAACAACCUGCAGCAGAAAAUGUAUGACGUGGCUUUCUACGAGUGGUACGUUCCUGAAGAAGAGAGACACGAAUCGACUCUGAAGAGGAAUAAAGAGAGUUUAAUCGCUGAGCUCAAACUGUGGGAAGGAUACUUGGAGAAGAUGGGUAAAGGCUCGUACCUCGCUGGUAAGAACUUCACCAUGGCCGAUGUGGUGUGUUUCCCCGUCAUCGCGUAUUUCCCACGACUUCACUGUUCUCGAGAGCGUUGUCCCAGACUGAUGGAGUACUACGAGAUGCUGAAGGACCGUCCCAGUAUUAAAGCCAGCUGGCCUCUUGAGUGGCUGGAGAAACCUGAGGGUCCAGACACGUUCAAGAACCUGUGAAGAACAUC